AUGUUCUUCUCCUUGAUCGCAGUUUUGAUCGGCUCUACAGUUGGAUUACGCUGCUGGGUGUGCGAUGAACAGACAGAAAUUGAGUGCUUUAUUAACGGAUAUGAAAUGGACUGUCCUAGUAAGCAAGAUACUUGUUUUUAUACACAGAGACAGAGAUUGGGAGAAACCUACCAUGUAAAACAGGGAUGUCAGCAAGAAAAAGCUUGCCGAUCUCAGUGGGAGCGAAAUGUUCACCCAGCCGGUAUAAGAUUCUCCACUUGUCGCCCAAAAACUGACUACAACAAUGUUCGAAUGACAGAAUCUUUCUGUACUCAGUGUUGCGAUACAGAAGCCUGUGGAUAUCUCUGGACCCCAAAGUCAAUUGCUGAAUGGACUGUCGAUACGAAAAUCCAGCCACGAACAAAAUUUACGUUUUCGAUAAAUUAA